AUGGUGGAUAAUGUAACACUUCAAAAAGCAUUACAAGCAUUAAUAGCUGGUGGAGCGAGCCAUCGUAAUCCAGCUGCAAGAAAAGCGUCAGCUAAAUACAUCUAUCAAGUUUGUGAAAAAUUAGGUCCAAUGAAAAUUUUAACUGGUACUCGAGAUAUUACUGAACGUGUAUUACAAGUCGGUGCAGCAUUUGCAUCAGAUGGACCACCAGAAAUUAGAUGGUAUGGUAAAAAAAUCUAUCAUAUGUUUAUGUCAUUUGAUACACUUGAUUCAUUAAUGAAACAAUAUCUUACUCCAAGUGCUUAUAAAAAUAUGUGUGAAAUUCUUGAUAAUAUUCGAGCUAAAGGAGGUGUUGGUGAAACUCCAAGUGAAUCUGCACGAAAUAAUAAUCGACGAGCAUUAUCAAAUGAUAAAAUAAAUACAAAUGGAACUUUAACAAAGCAAUUUUCAUCAACACGUAAAUUAAAUACAGCUGAUCAAGCCGAACAAGUUCGAGAUUUAACAAAACAAAUGCGUAGUUCAGAUUUUCGUGAACGUGUAAAUGGUAUUGAAGAAUUUCAAAAAUUAUGUGAACUUGAAACCGAUACAGCUAUUCAAUCUCUUGUAAAAAUAUUUGAUGGUUUCAAUGAAUGUUUAGCUGAUACGAAUUCGAAAGUUGUACUUAAAGCAUUAAAUACAAUGCAUCAACUUGUUCCCAUAUUAGGCGAUUCAUUAUCAAGUGUUAUUAAUUCAACAUUACCAGUUGUUGCACAAAAUAUUGCAUCAAACAAUCGAGAAAUCUCACAAAUUGCAUCGGAUAUUAUUGAUACAACUAUUGAAUAUAUUGAUUGUGGUGUAUUAUUACAACCAUUAUGUAUACUUAGUCAAAAUAGUAAUCUUCGUAUUCGACCGGAGAUUGUUCUUAAAUUAGCAGCUCUUGUACCUCAAGUAUGUCAACGAAAACCGAAACAAGUUGAAAUUCAUCUAUUACCAACCUAUUGGAAACUGUUAACUCAAUUACGUGGUCAAAAUUCUACGACUGUAACAUCAUCAGCUGGUGGUGUGAAUACUUUAAAUUCCUCUAUACAUUCCAUAACAUCAGCAUUAUAUGCAGAACUUGGUAGUACUUUAAUUGAUAAAGCAAGUUCAAGUUCAUCAGUAACACCAAAAAAUUUACAAUUACUUCGUGAACUUUGCACGAGUAUUGAUGCUGUGUGA